CGCUGUCCUCUUUGCAGAGCCAUUCGCCGAUGCAACAUUCGUGAAAUUCGUUAAAAUUGUACAUUUUUAACGUGGACUCGCAGCUGAAAAGCGUUAACGGCGCCAAAUCAUUUCGGCUUCUAAGGCGUGCGACGCGUGUGUUGUGUUUUGGGCGUGUUGCAGUUUCUCAGUUGCACUGUUGCAGCAAUAACGGGGCGUGUGUUGUGUGUUGCGGUGGAGCGAGCGAGCGAAAUGGAAAACGCAUGUUUCGUUCUCAGAUAAGGCCCAGCAGCUGUGCGUCGGUCUCGCGUCAAUUGCAACAAAUUGUGUCCGGCAAAGCGACACACAACAACAAGCAAACAAACAAGACAUCAACUGCUGCGACACAGCAGCAGCAAGACACCUACGCAACUAAAACACCUACAACACUCACAAUACAAAUACACCCAGACGAGUAACCCACAAAAAAGGAACAAACAACAACAAAACACAAAAAAAAAAAACAAAAAACAAAAACAACAUGCACCCACUGCAAAGUAGUUAAAUAAUUCUGCCCUGUCUGCGCUUUAUUUCCUCUUCAUUCUUGUACUCGUUUUAAUUUCAACAAGUUUUCUCUCUGUUCUCGCUUUCCCCACAUCUCUUUCUUUUUUAUUUUCUCAACCAUCCGACGCGCAGUUCUUUUUUCGUUACUACUUCACCAACAACAAAUACCAACAGCAACAACAACACUUACACACACACACACGUACAUACGACAACGACAACACACAAAUACAAAUACAAAUUGUAGCUGUGACGCAGCAGCAGCGAAAAAAGCAAAAAGCACCUGCAAAAGCGGCACGAGACCAAGCGACCGGCUCCCAGUGCAGCUGUCAUAGCGCAAUAAGACAACAACAACAACUACACGCAAGACACAAUACAACUACAGCACACACAGCCACACGCACACUUGUUGCAGGGAGAGUGUGCGAGAGCAAGCGGGAGAGCAGCAGAGACAACUAAGCGAGAGAACGAGCAAGGGCGAGCGUGUGAGAGCGUGUGUGAGAGAGAGAGCCGCUGUCUCUCUGUAUAAAGUGCCUAAGCAGUUGGCUAUCAACGUUCAUUGCCGUCGUACUUACAAGACUCAAAGAUGGUCAAGGAGAAGCCCAACUCAACGCGCAUCUAUGAUAAGGAUGGCUUCAGGAGACGCGCAGCCUGCAUUUGUGUACGCGCCGAGAACGAAGCAGAGGUGCUCCUGGUGACUUCUUCGCGCCGUCCAGAACUGUGGAUUGUGCCGGGCGGAGGUGUCGAGCCGGAAGAGGAACCUCCAGUAACCGCUGUGCGCGAGGUGCUUGAGGAAGCGGGCGUCGUUGGCAGCCUGGGACGCUGUUUGGGUGUCUUCGAGAAUAACGAUCACAUGCAUCGAACGGAGGUGUUUGUCAUGAAUGUCACCCAGGAGCUGGACGAAUGGGAGGAUUCGCGCAGCAUUGGACGCAAGCGUCAAUGGUUUACGAUCGACGAUGCCUUGUCACAGCUGGCGCUGCACAAGCCCACCCAGCAGCAUUAUCUGAUGCAGCUGCAGCUCUCGAAGACGCUGGAGAAUGCCAAUACGCCCGGUCGGGUAGUGAAUGCCACGCAUCCGCCCAUUUUGACCAAUGCUGCCUCGGCGGCAGCAUCGCCGACAACGGCAUAAGCUUGAAUACACAAGGAAUUAUCACACACACACAUCCACACACAUAAACACCAACACACACACUCAACACAUUUUGACAUUUUGGAAAUUUACAAUUAGACAGGCAGUAAACUCAUUAUUUUUCGGUAUGUUUAAAAUCAUUUACCUCUCCCCGCUCUCCUCCAUUUGGAAGCACGAGCUUCCUUUUUCUUCGAGUUAUGUUUAAGUCUAGCGCUUCAUUUAUGUUUUUUUUAGAAACUGUAUUGAAAACAAUAUGUAUGUACUUUAAAUAAGAGCAACAACAAAAAAAAAAAGAAAAUCGAAAACCAAUUGAUAACAAAAACAUAAGGAAAUGAUACUAAAUUAACGAGAAUGAAACAAACAUAUAAUAAUUUUUGAGCGCAUAGGGCACUUUUUGCAAAAACGAAAUACGAAAUACGUGUACUAACAGAAAUUAUAAUGAUAUCUAUUAGAUUUUUCUACUCUUUUUUAUAAUUUACUCAAAAGAACGUCUUGAUUAUUGUAAUAAACAAUUGGAAAUGGCUUUAAAGAAGCGCUAAAAUUGAUUAACCUAUGCUAAGCGGCCUAAACAAUAGUAAUAAACAAAGAAAGAAA